GGCCUAGACAAAAAAUGGAAAAAAAAUUAUCGUUUUGCAAUACCAAGCGUUUCAGAGUACUGUUCUUAGCGACCUGAGAGCAGCAGCAGCAGAGGAAAGUGGGGUUUUAGAGUUCUGUUAUUAUCAACUUUUGCAAUCUUAAAAGUCACAAGAAGAAGAGCAGCAGAGCAAAGGGUUUAGCGAGGAAAUGGCGGCGAAAAGGAAAACACCAGUUAAGACUCGAAACCCUGAUCUGAUACGUGGCGUAGGUAAGUAUUCUCGGUCUAAGAUGUACCACAAGCGUGGCCUUUGGGCCAUCAAGGCCAAAAACGGCGGUGUCCUCCCCCGCCAUGACCCCAAGCCUAAGGCAGCCGCUGCAGCCGAGAAGGUACCCAAGUUUUACCCCGCUGAUGAUGUCAAAAAGCCCCUUCUUAAUAAGCGCAAGCCUAAACCCACCAAGCUCAGAACGAGCAUUACUCCAGGGACAGUGUUGAUUUUGUUGGCUGGGAGGUUUAUGGGGAAGAGAGUUGUUUUCUUGAAGCAACUUACAUCUGGGCUUCUUUUGGUUACUGGACCUUUCAAGAUUAAUGGUGUUCCUUUAAGGCGUGUGAACCAAUCCUAUGUCAUUGCUACUUCCACUAAGGUUGACAUCUCAGGAGUUAAUGUAGAGAGGUUUGAUGACAAGUACUUUGCCAAGGAAGUAGAAAAAAAGAAGAAGGGUGAGGGAGAGUUUUUUGAAGCUGAAAAAGAGGAUAAGAGGAAACUGCCAGAUGACAAGAAAGAAGACCAGAAAGCUGUUGAUGCCUCUUUGAUAAAGUCCAUUGAGGGAGUCCCAGACUUGAAAGCGUACCUUGCCGCAAGAUUUUCGCUGAAGUCUGGCAUGAAACCUCAUGAACUUGUCUUUUAGAUGGAAUUUUGCAUUUGGUUGUAUUAUCAGAUGUUUUCCUUCCGUAACCUGUGGUCAGUUUGGCUUUUAGGUCUCUUAUGAAAAUACUGAAGGUAUGAUUGCCACAAAUUUAUGAAUAAAGUGUGAGAGUUAAACCGACAUGUUUGUUCCAUGCGAGGAAAGAAGAGACGAAUAGAAAGUACAGAUAGCUGUUUCAAAGGUGGAACGAGGACGGGGAAAAUAAGUAACAAAAUGGCGAUAUAUGCCAAUUUAUUUUGAAUAAGAUGAAGACAUUGUUUUAAAUGAUGGAUUCCAUGAACCUUGAAUUAAUCGAAGAAUGGACCAGUGACAGAGUUUCCACAAAGAAAAAUAAUGUGCAUCAAUGACCGCUUAGGAUAAGGAAUUCUAGCACUGACUUGAGAUAGCUACAUGUUAUUGUUGAUUCACUCCACUAUUAGUUUACCGUCUUUUCUGGGAUGGAGACUUGAGAUCCCCUUUAUUAUUACUAGCAGUAAACCUUUGCGUUCCACACAGGCUGUCCAGUUCGUA